AUGGUAUUAUUAGAUAGUAUUAGUAGUGGUGGUGGUUGUCUUGUUAGUUAUUUUGUUGGUGGUGUUAGUGGUGUUGGUGAUAGUAUUAGUAGUGGUGGUGGUUGUCUUGUUAGUUAUUUUAUUGGUGGUGUUAGUGGUGUUGGUGGUCUUUUUGGUGGUGUUUGUGGUCUUGUUGGUGGUGUUAGUGGCGACAUUGAUGGUAUUGGUGGUGUUGGUGGUUUUGGUAUUAGCGUAGGUGUUGGUGGUGGUGGUAGUUUUUAUGGUAGUUGUGGUGGUCUUGGUGGUGGUGAUUAUGCUGGUGACGUUGGUAUUGGUCGAGUUGGUGGUAGUGGUUAUAUUGGUGGUCUUAGUGUUGGUGUUGGUAGAUUUUUUUACCAAGAUGCAGCCACUGUUGGCAUUGUUCCCCAACUUGUUGAGGCAGAGUGGACUGAUGAAUCAUUUGCCAGUGAAAUUGUUGAAGCAAACAUGGGAUUUGUAAGGUCGAAAAAAGGACAAGUACCUUCCAAAGAAUGA